AUGAAGGCAGCUUGCUGGUUCCUGGCAGUUUUUUAUGUGCUUGCCUGCUACAGGGCUGAAGAAGGACUGGACUUCCCUACCUAUGAUGGGAAAGAUCGUGUGGUUGACUUGAGUGAGAAAAACUACAAGCAGGCCUUAAAGAAGUACGAUAUGUUUGGUGUGCUGCUCCAUGAACCAGUGACUUCCGACAAAAGCUCUCAAAGACGGUUUCAAAUGACUGAGAUGGUGCUCGAGCUUGCUGCACAGGUCCUAGAGGAGAAAGGCAUUGCUUUUGGAUUACUGGAUUCUAAGAAAGAUGCAAAGCUUGCAAAAAAACUAGGUUUGGAUGAAGAAGGAAGCCUAUAUGUCUUUAAGGAGGAUCAUAUAAUAGAGUUUGAUGGGCAAAUGUCAGCAGAUGUCUUGGUUGAAUUCCUAUUGGAUCUGAUGGAAGAUCCUGUAGAAAUCAUUAACAGCAAACUGGAACUUCAAGCCUUUGACCACAUGGAGGAGGAUAUCAAACUUAUUGGCUACUUCAAAGGAGAAGAUUCAGAACAUUACAAAGCAUUUGAAGAAGCAGCUGAACACUUCCAGCCUUAUGUCAGGUUCUUUGCCACAUUUGACAAAGGGGUGGCCAAGAAAUUGGGCCUAAAGCUAAAUGAGGUGGAUUUUUAUGAACCAUUUAUGGAUGAUCCCAUACGUGUUCCUGACAAGCCAUAUACUGAAGAAGAAUUGGUUGAGUUUGUGAAUGAGCACAAAAGAGCCACCCUGCGCAAGUUGCAGCCUGAAGACAUGUUUGAGAUCUGGGAGGAUGAUCUAGAUGGAAUUCACAUUGUGGCAUUUGCUGAAGAAGACGAUCCAGAUGGCUUUGAAUUCCUGGAAAUUGUCAAGCAGGUUGCCAAAGACAAUACUGAUAAUCCUGAUCUAAGCAUUGUCUGGAUUGAUCCUGAUAAUUUUCCUCUGCUGAUCACAUACUGGGAAAAGACAUUCAAGAUUGACCUGUUCAAGCCACAAAUUGGUGUGGUCAAUGUCACCGAUGCUGACAGUGUCUGGAUGGACAUCAGGGAUGAUGAUGAACUCCCUACAGUUGAGGAAUUAGAAGAUUGGAUAGAAGAUGUGCUUUCUGGCAAAAUAAACACAGAAGAUGAUGAUAUUGAUGAUGAUGAUGACGAUGAUGAUGACGAUGAUGACGAUGAUGAUUAG